CAACUAUAUUGAAGAUGCCUUCCGAGGUUUAUCCGAUACCUCGUGUCUCUUGAACCCCGCUUCUAGGCAUCUCGGGCUAUUCCCUUCUUGCGUUUGUUGUUGGUUCGUAACAGUAUGGCAUACAUACACGUACACGUACACGCGCGCAGCUGCUAGCUACCUAGGUACAUAUUAAACGCCAACCAUGAGGCAAAACGAUAAGCAAGUUAUACUACCACCUCAGCCUAACCCUCAGGUAGGGCUGGGCGCGGCCACCGCCAACGCCACCGCUCCCCUGCUGCUAGGCGAAUACAUGCGGCACGCCGUUAGCUCUCCUUCCUCCUCCUCUCCCUCCACCGCUUCCCUCCCAACGCAGCAUGGAUCAUCGCUGGCGAUCCUCGAACGAGACCGCACGAACCACAUCCUGCUGUACAACGGGUGCUUCAACCCACCGCACCGCGGACAUCUUGCACACCUCGUCCACGCGUUCCGAUACGCCGGCGCGGGUCUGCACGUCGUGGGUGCCGCGAUCCUGGUCGCGGACGACCUGUACCUCAAGUGGAAGCUCGCGGGACGGCACGGCGCGCAGAGGCUCGGCCUCGAGCAGCGGAUGAGACUGUGGACGGAGGAGCUGGCGCGGACCGAGGUGCGCCGCCGCGGCGACGACGGAGACGCUAUUAUUGGUGAGUGGUGCUGGGUAUUCUCGGAGACGCUGUGGCCGCUGUACGUGGAUAGGCUAGAACAUUCGUUCGACCGCGACGGAGUCGAUGUCGAGUUUGUAAGACUCGCGGGGGGGGACAAGGUGACGGUUGAGUGGGUGGAACAUGGGGUGUGGGGCUGUGAUAGUAUGAUCACAACCGAUGUCAGUCGACCGGUUGAUUUCUACUCUAACAAUGCCGGCGAGUUUUCUCUGCCGAGACCGCUGAGGGGUCAUAGUGGUUGGGAGACGGUGGUCGGAAACAGGCAAGGAAAUCCUACCCGGGAGGGAAGGGAUAAUACAGUGGACAGGAACAAUACCGUACCAUCGUCUUCGAUAUCAUCACCGCAGCAAGGAAGAAUUAUUCUUACCACAUCGCAAUAUAGCCGAGAUGUAUGGACAUGCAGCCACCAGGGGAACGGCUGUACUAUCUACUUUAUCCCUAGCAGCCACGUCGAGCGCAUCGAUCCUGACCUGAGCUCAACUAAGAUUCGUGAAAUCAUGGCUGACAGUGAUAAUCUCGAUGUGAACCAGCUCGAGGAGAAGCUACGCGGGAUGGCGCUAAGCCCGGGGUUGCUGGCACAGUAUAUCAAGGAGACCAAAAUAGUGAAGGGCGUACAAGUCACAGGUAAAGUAAGGAACAGAGGUUAGGGAAAGUAGAAAUGAUAGACUAGAGACAGGUAAGAGGGAUGAACUGCGCGAAGCAUAGUCCGAAGGUUAAUGUUAAUAUGUACUUGAUACCGCCUGAAUGAUAUCACAUAGAAGGAGGUAGCUAAGGUUUCGCAGCCAACAGUGAGGCAGGGCGAGAAAAGAAUAUCAAAACUAAUUUAUGGUACGAAAAACCCCCCAGUAAGGGUUGUUUGAUGUCAAGUUAAGGCAAAUAAGACCUCUCUCAACAACCCUUUUCCCGCCUCAAAAAGGGCUACCACCAACCACCUUCUGCCCCUUUUAUUGCUCCAUUUCCUACCCUACAUACCCCCUACGCGUCGGCUUAAACAACAUCCUAUGAAACAAUUUGUAGGGAAAACGGAAUUGAAACGUGUAAUUGAGAUGAAAAGCAACGACAGUCAUAACUUUGAUUUGUAUAAAACUCUACGUUUUAUUCAUUGACAUUUUUCCACGUAUACCUAGGAAGUAGGUAACUUAACCGUGGAUAGACAUCUCAUAGCAAGGGAUACAUAGUUUUCUAUUCCUCAACUGUUAUAAUAGUAACUCCUUCAAACAUUCCGCAUAGUUUUUAAGUCAUGACCGCCCGUAGUGUGUACACCCCUGCGCCGGCUCCUUAAAAUGAAAUUUCAAAGUUCCAAAAAAAAAGUUCCUAAAAGAACGAGGUGGCCUUGAUUAAAUAAAUCGUGUAAUAACCUUUUCAGUCGUAAUGUUUUGGAUCUUACC